AUGCUGCCGCUGAGCGAUUUGCCCGAAGUGCGGGUUUUGUCAGUGACUGUCGACGAUCAACCUCCCGUUGUUGAAUGGUUCGACGAGUUUUCGUCUUAUGACAAAUUGAUUCGCGUUGUCGCCCGUGUGUAUCGAUUUAUAGAUCGUUGCCGCCGCCGCGCAUUGGUUACGCGACGGGCGGUCCUCACCCGUUAUGAACUCGACGCGGCACUUGAUGCGCUGGUGAUCGAGUCACAGCGUAAGUUUUUUGUACAAUUACGGCACGAGUUAUCUCACCGUCUCCGUGUGUCGUCCAAACCACUCGGCCGUUUAUGCCCGUUUAUUGAUCCUUCCGGCGUCAUUCGAGUGGGUGGGCGAUUGCGUCACUCGAUGCUGCCAUAUGACCGUCAGCACCCGAUUCUAUUAGCAAAACAUUCACGCUUGGCCUUGUUGGUGUGUCGUCAUUGGCAUCGCAUCAGCUGUCAUGCCGGACCUCGAGUCGUGACCGCCAUUGUGUCCCAGCAAUUUUGGAUCAUGUCUGUGAGAUCAGUGCUACAUCAAGUCAGCAGUGAGUGUACCAGCUGCGUCCGAUUUGACCAUCAACCACCUCAACCGUUGAUGGCUGAUCUGCCACCAGGCCGUGUCCAACAGUGCCGGCCGUUCGCUCGAGUGGGUAUUGAUUUCGCAGGUCCAUUGCAGCUACAAGAGACCCGCCUUCGCAAAUCACGGUCGUAUAAAGUGUAUAUAGCUGUUUUUGUGUGCUUCGCGGUGAAGGCGUGUCACCUCGAGGUUGUGACCGAGUUAUCUACGGCCGCGUUCCUUGCUGCAUUCGACCGAUUUGUUGCUCGGCGUGGUCUGCCAUCCGACAUUUUCAGCGACUGCGGGACCAAUUUCGUGGGUGCCGAUCGACAAUUGCAUACGCUGAUCAAUAGCCCGGAGGGACAAUCCGCGCUAGGCGACUCUCGUCCGCAUUGUUCCUGGCAUUUCAACCCGCCCAGUGCGCCACAUUUCGGCGGAUUGUGGGAGGCUGCGGUCCGGUCGACAAAAAGGUUAUUGAUUCGCGUCAUGGGUCGUCAUCACUUCACUUACGAAGAAUUCACGACGGUGCUGUGUCGAGUGGAGGCCGUGCUCAACUCCAGGCCACUCACACCGUUGUCAUCCGAUCCAGCCGACUUGGACUACCUAUCGCCGGGACACUUUCUUAUCGGCCAACCACUACUUGCCGUGCCGCCUCGGACAUCGACAGAGGACAAGUCUAGUCUGGUGAACCGGUGGAAGUUGUUGGACCAAUGUCACCAGGCGUUUUGGCGACAAUGGUCCACCGAGUACUUGACCACACUGCAGGCACGCACAAAGUGGUCGAGCGGGUCCCCCAAUAUCCGUCUAAACGAUGUCGUCGUCAUCCGGGACAACCAGUCUCCCCCAUUGUCGUGGCGAAUGGGACGGGUGAUCGCACUGUUGCCGGGAGCCGACGGUGUAGUACGCGUGGUCCGUUUGCGAACCGCCCACGGCGAAGUGACUCGCCCUGUAGUGAAGUUGGUCGUCCUGCCCACCGAAGGGACCUGCCCAGGUACCCCCUGUUAG